AUGACCAGCCAGAUAGGUAUCGCCGCUGACAAGUUUGCCCCUAACAAACGAUGGCAUUUCGAUACAAUGCUCCGAGUUCUGUCUCUUGCCGGUAACUACGUCAAGGAGCAGAUCCUAUCGUCAUUUGUUCGCCUCGUCGCUACUACCCCUGAGCUUCAAACUUAUGCGGUUCAAAAACUCUAUAUCAACCUCAAGAAAGACAUUACUCAGGAGAGUCUGACGCAAGCUGGUGCUUGGUGUAUCGGCGAAUAUGCAGACGCUUUGCUCAAGGGAGGACAAUAUGAGGAAGAAGAGCUUGUCCAGGAGGUUAAGGAGCAUGAGGUUGUUGACUUGUUCUCCCUGAUACUUAACAGUGCAUACGCCACACAAGUAUCCACAGAGUACAUUGUGACAGCCUUGAUGAAGUUAACAACCCGCUUCUCCGACCCAGCUCAGAUUGAGAAGAUCCGAAGGAUUCUGCAAUAUCACCAGACCAGCCUCGAUAUCGAGAUUCAACAGCGAGUCGUUGAAUAUGGCAACCUCUUCAGUUUCGAUCAGGUCCGACGUGGAGUGCUCGAGAAGAUGCCUAUUCCUCAAAUCAAGGAGGAGUCUCGUGUUCUUGGACAAGCUCCUACAAAGAAGAAGACCGCCAACAGGAAGUCAAGAGUCAUCAAGCCAACAGAACAAGAUCUCCUGGAUAUUAUGGACGCGCCUGCUGCGUCACCAGCUGCUCCCUCAACAACCAACACUGAUCUCCUCGCCGAUAUCCUGGGUGGCACCUCUUCUCCUCCUCCAUCUGCCUCCUCGCCACCUCCUCAGCAAUCCAAUGUCUCGAAUAUCAUGGACCUAUUUGGCUCCGCCCCUGUGCCAUCUACAGCUUCUCCUGCCCCACCUUCAUCGAACCUGGAUCUCAUGUCUCCCGUGUCGUCAGCACCUCAGCCUCAGGCACCUGCUGGUAUUCCCUGCUAUAACGCAAAUGACCUUAAUGUGACAUUCCAGAUCCAGCGCAACGCGGAGGGUAUGAUUCAAGCCACCGCAAAGUUCGUCAACACUUCUGGUUCAGUGAAUCUGUCCAACGUAUCCCUACAAGCUGCCGUUCCCAAGUCCCAGAAGCUGCAGCUGCUGAGCAUCUCUUCAUCGGACCUCGGUCCUGGAGCUGAAGCCAGCCAGAUGAUGCGAGUGUCCGGAUGCAAGGGUCCUCUGCGUCUGCGAUUGAGGAUUGGAUACACGCACCCAACUGCUGGACAGGUCAUGGAUCAAGUCAACUGGACAGAGUCGUCCUAG